ACACCACAGACAUGACUGCCGACCACCAAUCGGGAGGAGCUGUUCGUGGGAAUGUGAAAACUAAUGGAUGGUCUGCCAUUCCAUGGAAGUUCCUGAAAAUGUUGAAAAAUUACUGUCUAAAUACUACUAUUCAUGGGUUAAGAUAUUUUGUAGAAGAAGAUCGUCAUAUUGUCGAGAGGGCAUUCUGGCUGGUGUGCGUGGCCGUAUCGUGGGUGUGCGCCGUGCUGCUGGUGCAGGAGGCGUGGUACGCGUUCCGCUACAACCCCAUCAACUUCGUGGUGCAGCCUGCCGAGCCUGGCUCCGCCACGUCGUUUCCCUCAGUAAUCAUCUGCCCAAGGGACAACAGGCCUGUCAUAAAAAAAUUUACGAAAAGGUACCUUAAAACAAAAUCAAAAGUGGAUAUAUUCCAGUUUGGUGAUGCUCUUAAAGAAGUGGUGUACUUCACUGGGCGUCUAGCCAGCUAUAGGACAGUUUGCAUGAAGGAUAAUGUUUUUGACCCUGAUUCCAAGUGUUUUAGAAACAACUUUACGCAUCUGGUAUAUUCAUUGCAGAUGAAGUGCAAAGAUUUAUUCGAUACCUGUCACUGGAGAGGUGAAGAGAUAAAUUGCUGUGACAAUUUUUUGCCACUCCACUCAGACAGAGGAAUUUGCUUCGCCAUCAACAAUGUAAAUACAUGGAAAGAUGGACGACGGCCAAGCACUGCCAUUGAUAUGACUUCGAAUGGAACAACUAAGGAGCCAAGACUGGUAGUAAAAUUUAAGGAAAUUACAACGACUGAUUGGCCUGUGGCAUUUGUGAUGCCCAAAGAAGGUAUCCCUUACUACGGCAUCACUCAUUGGAAGUUCAUUGAAUAUCAGAAAAUGUACUUUCAACGCUACGUAAUUACAGAGGUUUACAAUGAUCACCUGGUACCAUCAGUGGACCCAGAAGUGAGACAAUGUAGAUUUUCAUGGGAAACUGAUGGACUGAAACAUUAUAAACGAUACUCGCACAGUAAAUGUAUUUUGGAGUGUAGGAGGCAAAAGGAACUAGAAAUUUGUGGUUGCAAUACUCCCUUGAUGCCAUUUGCAGAGGAGAAGGAUGUCUGUGACAUAGAGGGAUUGCUAUGUCACCACAUGACAGAAAAGUUAUAUAGGCUGAAGCCAAAAUCCAGCAAUGAUACAAAUGCUAUCUAUUGUCAAUGCCCCAGUGGAUGUGAAGAGCUUGAAAUAGAUGAGACAUUCAAUAGUGUAGUAGAAAGGAAAGACUUGGGAGACAUAGCCACAUUAGACAUUUCUUUGGAAAGAUCUUCAUCACUUCAUUACCGGAGAGUUGUAGUCCGUGGGAGUUUGGACAUGGUUGUGAACAUUGGUGGAACUCUGGGAUUAUUCAUAGGUGCCAGCCUGCUAAGCCUCGUUGAGAUAAUUCACUAUUUUGUGCUUCCCCUUAUUUUUGGUGUCAAAGAUACUCCAAAGACACCUGUUAAAACUACAGGUAUCACAAUGUUUAACCGACGUGUGAAAGCUCAAUACCAAAGACAUCUUCACAGUGUCCCCUCUAUGUUUUAUUAAUUAAUCUAGAACUGUUAAUUCUGGUCACAAAAUUAAUGUAAAUCUAUAUAAUAAGUCAUUCUAUAAGUUUAGUGUCUCAUGUUACUAACAACAAUGAUCAUUACAUGAAUAAAUGUUAUGCAAGUGUCACAAAAAGUAGUAUAAAUUAUGUGACAAUUUGCCAUUUAC